AUGCCUAAGUCAUCUGCAGGGCAUGCCUACAUACUAGCUGCCACUGAUUACUUUUCAAAGUGGGCGGAAGCCGUGGCAUUGAAGGAGAAGAAGAAAGAAAAUGUUGCAGACUUUCUCUGUGUCCACAUCGUCUAUCGAUUUGGUAUCCCGCGAUAUAUCUUAACAGACAACGGGAAACCCUUUGAUAACAAGUUGAUGGACAAGAUCUGCAACCUUUUUGACUUUAAGCAGCGAAACUCAUCAGCUUAUUAUGCAGCUGCAAAUGGACUUGCUGAAGCUUUUAACAAGACCCUAUGCAAUUUGUUGAAGAAAGUGGUCUCCAAAUUGAAAAGGAUUGGCAUGACAGAAUGGAAGAAGCUUUGUGGGCAAGCGGUCUUGCCUCUAGAGCGCCAAAUACCUUCCUUAAGGUUGGCUAUACAAGAGGGGCUUACUGAUGAAGAAAAUGCUAAGUUACGCUUGGCUGAGUUGGAAGCCUUGGAUGAAAAACGUCUGCAAUCGCAACAAAGCUUGAAGCCCAUCAUCGUCAUGAGAAAAACCGGUCACAAGUUCACUUCAAGGUGGGAUGGUCCCUACGUGAUUCAAGAAGUUUACACCGGUGGGGCUUACAAGCUGAUUAGUGAAGAUGGUUUGAAGAUCGGUCCAAUCAAUGGAAGGUUCCUGUGA